AACAGAUAUCUAUUUGUAUUAUUCCUACAAAAAAAAUCUUCCUUUUAUUGCCACAUUACACAGAGUACAUUUUGACUAGGGGAAACCAGAAAUGGGGUUGACUUCUGCCAUUUUCUUGGCUUCUGCAGCAACAAGCUCAAAGUUCCUUGUCAGACCACCAUUCACUGCCUUCUCUCCACAACUUUAUUUCUCUAAAAUCUGCAAUGUAAAGCUAAAUCGCCGGCAAAGAUCCUCAUUCCAGAAAAAUACAUGUCGUCGAAUUUGCUGCAGUCAAGUGCAGAUUGAAGAGAAUACCGAUGAGGAGGCAUGUGAGCUGGUGAAUGGACUUGAGAUUUCCAUAGGUGAAGGAUCUGAUGCUGUUAAUGCUUAUCUUCUCACCGCUGUCAAGAACAACAAUGAAACUGGUAUUUUGCUAUUGUCGGAUUCAUUUGGAUUUGAGGACUCAUCUAUCAGAGAUUUCGCCUACCGUAUUGCCUGCAAUGGCUACAAUGUUCUAUUACCAGACUUAUUCAAUGGUGAUCCAUGGCAAAAAGACCAGCCAAAUGCCUUAUUUGAACCAUGGCUAGCCACUCAUACACAAACCGCAAGUAAAAACAUUACAAAAUCCAUAAAGUGGAUGGUAGAUGAGUUUGUAGCUGCAGGAAUCUCAAAGAAGCUCGGAAUUGUUGGCUUUGGUUUUGGUGGAGGAAAAGUAAUUGAGGUUCUAGCUGAGGAUCAUGAUGGCUAUUUUGGUCUUGGAGUCUCCUUUUAUGGCACAAGAAUCCAACCGUCUGUUGCUGCUAAAAGCAAGGUGCCAAUUUUGUACAUUACUGGUGAUGAGGACUCUUUGUGCCCCAUGAACGUGGUGGAGGAUAUCGAGAGGGACAAUGUAGUGGGGUCAAGGGUGUUUGUUUUCAAGGGAAGAGGCCAUGGAUUUGUUCAUCGACCUGCAUCAGCUGAAGAUGAUAAAGAUGCAGAAGAAGCUUUUGUGAUCUUGAGGAAUUGGUUGCAUAAUGGUUUGGUUGUAGAGAAAAAGUGAAUUGUAUUCCUUUAUGGGAUUAUAUAUAUUUCAUGUAUAUAUCUUUGAUAAUUGGGUUCCCCUGCAA